AGAUUUAAAGAUUACUUUUCAAAGUAUAUUAGUUCAAAAAAUUUCACUAAAAAAAGACCAACGUUACUUAGGUUAACACCUCCUACCAUUCGUUUCUAAGUAAUGUUGAAUAUGGUGUUUCAACAUUAACUAAGUAAUUCUUCAAUUAUAUAGUGAUUUAUAUAUGAUAAGUAAAAUGGUGUUUCCCCCCUCGUUGAAGACAGCGGCGUUCGCCCUUAGUCCUUUGUAUCUGCUCUCCCAGACCUGCAUCGCAAUUGAAGCAGAGUCUUCUGAAUCCUCAUCUUCAGUAGGGGCAAAUGCGGCUUCAGACGUCCCAGAAGUUCCAAAGAUCACACGUCUUCCUGAGCCACCAGUAGUGCCGACACCUGAGGAAUUCGACGACAUUCCUAUUGGCGAGUUGGUUGCUUUCAUCGAAGACAAGGGGAUGACUUGCCGGAAAUGCUCAAAACAUUCUGACUUUGUACGGAAAGCUACAAAGGCUUGGAAAAACUAUGACAAUCUGACUAGUUGUAUCACUUUACGCUUAUACCGUGGCUUUUCAAGGAACACCAAUACUUACUUCUCUAAGUUCACUGAUAGUCUUACUACUUUCUCGUAUAGAUGUUACUUCGUGCAUAAAUCACAGACCAGACAUCGAUAACCUAAAACCUAGUAUCCCUUUACGUUUAAUACGACCAGUUGUACACGGGGCUAGUAAAGUUAAAAAUGUGCUACCCCCGCGUCCCGCCAUGGUCGGGUGGCAUCUUGGAAGAAACAUAGGCUCGCACACAAAAAACACCUUUCUUACUUGUUAAAUGCAAUCGUAAUUGUUCUCCUACUUUCGUAGUCACCCAUCAUCCUCGGAGGCGAGCAACGGGUGCCUGUGGGGCUCGUUGUGAAGGAUCCAUAACCUGUAACCUAACCCCCCUCUAAUUUCUGCCCUUUGUCUCUGCCACGAAUCCGAACACGAUGAUCCAGAUCGCAAGAUCCCACUUCGAUGAGCAGUUCGGGGGACACUUUGUAGGGGUUGGGUUGUGGGUGGAUGUGGAUGCGGUGUGGCUCGACUUCGCGAAGAAAGUGAGGAAUGGUGAAAUCAGAUUUGAUCCGAAUAACCCAGAUAGGUUGCUUUACGACAUAGAGGGCGUUUGGUCUUGGGCGUACGACUGGGUCUUUUGGAUCCUACUCGCCAAUUUUUGUGGUCUAGCUAUGCUUUGGCGUGUACGUGGUAAGCAGAAGGGUGGCGAGGAGCAGGAAAAAGGAGAGUUAUGUUUAUGAGGAACAGUCUUUUUGCAUCGAUCUCAUACUCAUGAUUAUUCCCGUGUCUGGCUCAUGAAAAGCUACGUCUAGGACUACCUAGAGUUCUAAGUCACGAACGAAAAGAGGAAGCUGCUCUAAAAACCGCAAAGGUGUACACAGCGAAGCAGGGCAUGCUCGAAGCAAAAAAGCUUGCAGAAGAAGUUCAGAAGGAAAACGAAAAGCUAGACAUGAUGACAGAGCUAGAGUUAAGGCCUCCACCCUUGACCCAUCUUAUGAAGCAUGCUAGCGAGGCUUUUCAAAAGGAAACGGGCCCUGGGAUGAAUCUGAAGAUGGAUAAGGGUGGCCUCUAAAAAUAGAGGAAGCCAGAGGCAGAGCUGCUACUUGUUCCUCCAAUGAUACAAGUAGUUCCACAAUUUUGCUCCAAGCUGACGCAGACGAACACCAGGCAGAGAAGUGUGGAAAUCAAGGAAAAGGUCAGAGCACGAGGCGAGUACGAGUAGCAGGAGCAUCUUCUGGUAGGUUGCUGGAGGAGCUCCAAGGUGGCUUAGGAUUAGAUUUGGAUUGAUUUGGAUUUCAUCUUUUACGAGAUUUGUGAAGAUUUUGAGUUGCUGAUUGAUUCCUAGAAUCUUGCUAGAAUGAAUAUCACUUUGAAGAGAAUAGAGACGAUGAUUUUUUAUUAUGAAUGUGCUUUCAACCGAUCAUAAAGUUAAGGGUAGGUUAAAGGUGCUUUUGUUAUCGUUUGUUAUGGCUCUCCUAAGGGGGACAGCCAUAACCAGCGGGAUAAACGAACACCAAAAACCUACCUCUAAUAAAGUAUGUUUGAAAUGUUGGAUAUUGCGAAGGUAGCACUAGAAAAUGGAAACUUUCACGCACUUGGACGAUUCUCCUGGUAGUACAAAAAUUUUAUCAUCGACGCGUCAUACCUUCAUCAUGCA